AUGGCCCUAUGGACCCAAUUCCGCUCCAACCACCUCCUGCCCAGAGGGUCGCCCCAAGUCUUCCAAGAAAUCGGUGCUGAGUCAGCAGCGGGGGGGUCGGAGGGAGGCGUGCCGGCGGAUUGGGUGGUGGUGGUGGGUGUUGACGUGGCAGGGCGGGUGCAGGAGGCAGGAUAUAUCAGAGACGCGCUGCGAUUCUUUUAUCCGGAGGACCGGAUUGUACUCUUUAAGAACAACCUCAAUGUUCUGGAAGUUUUCUUCAUAUCCACAUCAGCCUCCCCUCUCGCCCACGACAUGUUCAUGCCACCCAAUGUCUCUAACCCAACCCUCCUUCUCCCCCCUCUCUCCCAUCCCUCCUACCCUCCAGCCAAGGACCUGUUCAACCGAGCUGUCCUCUUCAUAUCCACUUCAACCUCUGCUCUAGCACACGUCAUGUUCAUGCCACCCAAUGCCACCGUCCUAGAGCUUCGGGCCGUUCUAGACCCCAGCAGUGCCGCCCAGAAACCAGGCUCGGCAGCAGCUGUAGCAGCGGAUCCCGAUCUGCCGACCAGGCAGCUCGCAGAGGCUUGCGGGCUUCGUCAUUAUCUUCUGCUCUGCGCCGCCCAGCCGGACCCGAAGCCGGUCAAUGGGAACGCGCCGCUGCGCAGCCGCUUAUCUUGCGACAUGUGGCACGUGCGCGAUGUGCUGGAUAGGGUAUCGCACGACGUGUACACCAGCGAGGUGGUAACCAGAGAUACAGUCCGAGCCAUAGCAGGUCCGACGGGCGGCAGGUUCGGGCUGAAGCAGAAGCUGAUGGGGACGAUGCUCAGGGGAGAGUCUCAAGUACGACUGGAGGGUGCACGGAAGCUGCCCUAUGCCCGUUCAGGAGCAGGCAUGGGUUCCGUUUCAGCCUAA